AUGGAGCCGCACUGCGAAGAAAUCGCCCGAAUCAGCUACACCAACUUCGCACUGUCUCUGUUGAUUCUUGUCGGCAUCCUGAUAUCUUACCUCCCGCAACAUAUCCGCAUCAUCCAGCUGCGCUCCUCCUUUGGGCUGUCCCCAUACUUCGUCCUGCUCGGCACCACCAGCGGCACCUGCGCCUUCGCAAACAUCCUUGUCCUUCCAAGAUCGCGAGCCGAUGUCGCAUGUUGUCGUGAGGUGGAUCAGUUUGCCUGCGUUGCUGGGCUACUAGGGAUUCACAGUCUCCUCUUGUUCCUGAUCUUCUUUCCUCGCAACCAACUCCCCUCUGCACCUCCUGAGGAGGACGUCGCCGACGGCCUCGAUGCCAAUCCUCCCGACUAUUCUGCCACGUCAGACACCCCUCCGCCAUCCCCUGUGAAAGAGACCGCGCCCCUCGCUCCAUCCUAUCGUACAGCUCUCGUCGUGGUCGCAAUCUGUGUCUUGCACGCCGCAGUCACAGCAAUCUUAUCGUUCUAUUUUAUAUACGCUGCCCCCCGGCAUGCACAGUCAUGGGCCAAUUUCCUGGGCAUAUUGUCCACCGUCCUCGCGAGCAUCCAAUAUUUUCCUCAAAUAUAUACCACGUUCACCCUCAAGAGAGUGGGAAGCCUGAGCAUUCCAAUGAUGUGCAUUCAAACCCCCGGCAGCUUCGUUUGGGCCGGGAGUCUUGCAGCAAGGCUGGGCCCGGAAGGAUGGUCGGCAUGGGGUGUUUACCUGGUGACCGGUUGUCUGCAAGGCACUUUGCUGGCCAUGGGAAGCUAUUUCGAGAUUGCCCGGAGGAGGAAAGAGAAAGAGGAGUUGAAGAGGCGCAUGCAGUACGAUCUGAGCGCAGAGCCCGAAGAAACAACAGAACAGGAGGCAUCGGAAGAGACGCCAUUGCUUAGAUCAGGCUGA